AUGAGCAAAGGUACCAUAAAUACCAAAGUAGAGGCAUCGCGUGUAAACGCGCUUGCCGCUGUGAGGGACUACAGAGUAUGCCCAAGGCUUGAGUACAAAACCAUUUCAGGUGUGCAGGGUCCUUUAGUAAUUAUAGAAGAUGUAAAAUUUCCAAAAUAUUCUGAAAUUGUAACGAUACAUUUGAGUGAUAACACAGAAAGGCAGGGGCAAAUACUAGAAGUAUGUGGAAAAAAAGCAGUUAUUCAAGUUUUUGAAGGAACAAGUGGUAUAGAUAAUAAAAAUAGCUAUGUGGAAGUAAGUGGUGAUAUAUUAAAAAUGCCAAUGAGUGAUGAAAUGCUUGGAAGAGUUUUUAAUGGUAGUGGUAAACCAAUUGAUAAAGGUCCAAAUAUAUUAGCUGAUGAUUAUUUAGAUAUUAAUGGAAAUCCAAUUAAUCCUCAAUGUCGAGUGUAUCCAAAAGAAAUGAUUCAAACAGGGAUUUCAACAAUUGAUGUUAUGAACAGUAUAGUAAGGGGUCAGAAAAUCCCCUUAUUUAGUGCAGCUGGUUUACCACAUAAUGAAAUAGGAGCACAAAUAUGUAGACAGGCAUCAUUAGUCCAAGGAAAAGAUGUAUUAGAUCAUUCGGAUGAUAAUUUUGCUGUAGUUUUUGGUGCAAUGGGUGUUAAUAUGGAAACUGCAAGAUAUUUUAGGCAAGAUUUUGAAGAAAAUGGAAAAAUGGAAAGAGUAUGUUUAUUUUUAAAUUUAGCAAAUGACCCAACUAUAGAAAGAAUUUUAACUCCAAGAAUAGCAUUAACAACAGCUGAAUAUUUAGCUUUUGAAAAAGAAAUGCAUGUUUUUGUAAUUUUAACAGAUAUGUCAUCAUAUGCUGAUGCGUUAAGAGAAGUUUCAUCUGCAAGGGAGGAAGUACCAGGUAGAAGAGGAUAUCCAGGUUAUAUGUAUAGUGAUUUAUCAACAAUUUACGAACGAGCAGGUAGAGUAGAAGGAAGAAAUGGUAGUAUAACCCAAUUUCCUAUUCUUACAAUGCCAAAUGAUGAUAUUACACAUCCCAUACCAGAUUUAACAGGGUACAUAACAGAAGGACAAAUAUUUGUUGAUAGAAAUUUAUAUAAUAGGCAAAUUUAUCCACCUAUUAAUGUAUUACCAUCUUUAUCGCGACUAAUGAAAAGUGGUAUUGGUCAGAACAUGACAAGAAUAGAUCAUCCUUAUGUGUCUGACCAGUUAUAUAGUAAUUACGCGAUAGCUCAAGAUGUUAAAGCAAUGAAAGCGGUUAUUGGUGAAGAAGCACUAUCAAAUGAUGAUAUAUUAUACCUGGAAUUUUUAGAUAAAUUUGAAAAAAGAUUUAUUACACAAAAUACAUAUGAGUGUAGAGAUAUUUUUCAGUCUUUAGAUAUUGCUUGGGAAUUAUUAAGAAUAUUCCCAGAAGAUAUGUUGAAAAAAAUUAAGUCCGAUAUUUUGUCGAAAUAUUACCCACGUCAUCACGCGAAUUGA